UGGUGUUUAAAGCUUGCGGUGUCGCAUAUGUCACAAAGGGCUGAGUUUUGGAAUCUUCUGGUGGUUAAAGAAGUGGUUUUUGUGUCAGAGCAACUCUGUUUCGUAUUCUUUCUCGUUUUUGGAGGGGUUGACCUAAAUUUGUUGUCUGAUUCACUAUAUUUUUGUAUCGGUAUAUAUCCCAAGUGGGAUUCAGAUUUUGGGUCGGUUUCAAUUGGGUGUGUGAAGUGUAUUGAAACAGAGACAAGAGUUAUGAGAGAGAGAAGAAAUCACCCAUCUGGAUUUUGCUGCAUUGAUUGCUGCUUUUGGUGAAAUCUACAAUUGGAGCCUUUUCUUGAGUUUUUGAGCUGUGUGCUAUUAUUCUCUUUGUUCAGAGAGUUUAGAAGAAGAUCUGUGUAAGAACUGUUUGAGUUUUUGGAGAAUUAGCAAAUUUUAAGUUUUUUGAGUUUAAAGAGAUGGCUUGUAUGAAGUUGGGAUCCAAAACUGAUGCAUUUCGGCGGCAAGGGCAAGCCUGGUUCUGCACUACUGGUCUCCCUAGUGAUGUAGUUGUUGAAGUCGAGGAAAUGUCGUUUCAUCUUCACAAGUUUCCGUUGCUCUCAAGAAGCGGGGUCAUGGAGAGGCUUAUCGCAGAAGCAUCCGAGGGAGAAGAAGGUUGUGUCAUCAAACUCUCAGACGUUCCCGGUGGAGCAAAAACGUUUGAGCUUGUAGCUAAAUUCUGCUACGGGGUGAAACUCGAGCUCACUGCAUCAAAAGUGGUGUACCUCCGAUGUGCUGCUGAGCAUCUCGAAAUGACUGAAGAGUAUGGGGAGGGCAAUCUUGUUUCUCAGACCGAGAUCUUUCUCAAUCAGACGGUUCUGCGAAGCUGGAAGGACUCUUUGAUAGCACUGCAGACGUGUGACGAUGUGCUCUCUUAUGCUGAACAGCUCCACAUCCCGAAAAGAUGCAUCGACUCCUUGGCUGCGAAGGCGUGCACCGAUCCUGCUCUGUUUGGGUGGCCUAUGAUGGAGCGUGGUGGCCCGAUGCAGAGCCCGGGAGGGAGCGUGUUGUGGAACGGGAUAAGCACGGGUGCUCGACCAAAACAGUCGAGUGAAGAUUGGUGGUACGAGGACGUGUCGAAUCUGAGCCUGCCUCUGUACAAAAGGUUUAUUUCGGUGAUGGAAUCUCGGGGCGUGAAACAGGAGAUAACUUCCGGAUCUCUCGUUUGUUAUUCGAGAAAAUACCUACCGGGCCUAAACCGGCGCCACGGUGGAAGUGAGUCGAGGGUGGUAUCAGCCGCCUUGCUCUCGGAAGAAGAUCAGAAAGCUCUCCUCGAAGAGAUCGAUCGCUUGCUUCCCCUGCAGAAGGAUCUGGUUCCGACGAAAUUCCUGUUCGGUCUGCUCAGAACGGCUAGAUUUCUCCAAGCCGACGCCUCGUGCAUAUCAAACCUGGAGAAACGGAUCGGGAUGCAGCUCGAUCAGGCAAUGCUCGAGGAUCUUCUUAUGCCAAAUAUCUCUUACACGAUGGAGACCCUGUACGACGUGGACUGCGUUCAGCGGAUUCUCGAGCAUUUCUUGACCAUGGAUCAGGUGGUUGGUGAUGCAUCUCCUGGCUCAGUUGAUGAUGGCCAGUUGAUGGAAUCAGCAUCACUAACACCCAUCACCAUGGUGGCGAAAUUAAUCGAUGGAUACCUUGCGGAGGUCGCCCCUGACGUUAACCUGAAACACCCCAAGUUUCACUCGCUCGCCUCUAUCGUGCCAGAGUACGCGCGGCCUUUGGACGACGGUCUUUAUCGCGCAAUCGAUGUCUAUCUCAAGUCUCACCCAUGGUUGGCCGAGCCCGAGCGCGAGCAGCUGUGCCGGCUAAUGGACUGCCAGAAGCUCUCGCUCGAAGCCUGCACCCACGCAGCCCAGAACGAGAGGCUGCCGCUGAGAGUAAUAGUCCAAGUCCUUUUCUUCGAGCAGCUGCAGCUGAGAACCUCCAUCGCGGGCUGCUUUCUCGUCUCGGAAAACCUCGACGGCUCUAGACAGCUGAGAAGCGGGCUGAUGGGGGCGAACGAGGGAGGCUGGGCCACCGCGGUGAGGGAAAACCAAGUCCUGAAAGUCGGGAUGGAUAGCAUGAGGAUGAGGGUGUCCGAGCUCGAGAAGGAGUGCUCCAACAUGAGGGAGGUAAUCGACAAGUUAGGCAAGGUGAAGGUGUCGCCGGCGUCUUCGAGCGCGUGGGGAAGCGUGUCAAAGAAGUUCGGGUUCCGGCUCAAGUCGCAAAUGUGCAGUGCUCAGGAGGGAUCUGUGAGCAAGCAGAAUCAUGGCAGCAAAAAGGUUGACAAGGUUAGAGAGAAACAAGGGAAGGAGAAGAAAAUUGUGCUUUUGAAUGAAAAGAACUAAUUUCUUGAUUUUGAUUGGUUUCUAACGUUGUUGUGUGUGAUAUUUGAUGAUUAUUCUUGCCCCUUAUUUCUUGUUCAUUUGUAACUUAGGUAGAGUGAAAGUGUAACUGUGUGAACAAAUUUCUAAUUUGUUUAGUUAAAUCCUAUUUUCUUUUCUCAA